CGAUAACCGCGCGAAACGCAGCUGUCGACUUCACAUAAUCCUACUAUUGCAGUAGCAUCUCUUCUUCUCGACAAAAGUUCUCGUCGAAGCUAUGUCUUCUGAAUACAAACCGAGGUCGCGGAAGAAAUGGUGGAAGGAGCUCUUCGGGCGUCGUCAUCGUGCAGCCUCGCCGGCUCCAUCUGCCACGCCGUCGACGAACCUCCAGUCAUCCGAUCAGGGAAACGCAGAACCCAGAGUGAAAUCAUCUUCUAUUAUCGCGAAGAGUUAUAUACUCCUCUCUCCCCCUCGGCCGCCGCCGGAAAGGCCGUCCGGCCCAGCGUAGAUACGAGAGUUCCCAACGACCAACAGCCACCCGUAGCAUCGCAAGCACUGCCUCCUGUUCUACCUGUCGAAUCCGCACCUAAACCACCGGCGACCGAAUCGACAGAGCAACCGACCCCUCUCCUCUCCGUGUUCGAGAGAGUGUGGAACGCCGCGUACGACAGCCUUGAGACGGACAAUGCAGAGCUUGUCAUGUCAUACGUGAAAACGUCAACUUGACUCACCAACGGCUAAGGAUUAUCUGGAGAAGAAUUACAAGUCCAGACUUCAGUCAGCCGGGCUCGCUUAAGGGCAUGCCGAGAUCGGCAGGCGCUCAAUUGAUACGAUGUCGUCAAUGCUGAGGCAAAACAUAUACGAUCUCGACCUCGGCUUCAAACCUGAGAGUAUGACACCGCCCGAUCCAGAUUCGCUAGGUUCAGUACGAUGCUCUUGUGUCUUCUGGGCCAACCAUCUCUGCUACCCAGGGUUCUGCAUCUAUC